UUAGAUGAACCGGGUGGUGGCAGCAGUAUUUGACACGAAUGGCAUGUUUAUCGACAAAUAUCGGAAUUAUUUGUAUAUUUUUAACUCUUAUAGCUUCUAGUUUUGGUGUAUUUCAGUUCAAGAGAUACAGCUACCGCAAGAAGAGUGGAAAUGAACGACGGUAUCGUUUAGAGGAGGAAAGGUGUCAUAAUGUGGAUGAAUGUCAAUUAAAAAAAGGACUUGAUAAAGAGAAAUGUGUGAGAACUUGUGUUUCCAAACAGUGUUAUGAUGAACUAUAUUCUUGGAAUGAGCUAGAAGAAGGUGAAAUAGAUGUUAGGCUCACAUCAUUUAAGGGAUGUGUGGUUCAACAAAUACGGGAUCAUGAAAUGCAACAAAGAAGAAAGGAACAGCUGUAACACUAACAUAUAUUAUGUACAGAUUAAAUCACUUUUAAAUUGCCACACAAAGCCACUGAUAAUUGCUUCAAAUGACUUGCUCUAAUUGACACACAACACAGUGCAGCUAGUAAGCUAUUCAUUUGACUUUUAACUAAUAUGGCCAAGUGUAUGACUCAAAAGCCUGUCAUCCACGUUUGGAAAAGGUUGAAGGGCUUAUUGUAAUUUUAAGAGAAAAAUAAAUGAGCAGAAAUUCUGGUUA